AUGGCUCACCCUAUGGCUGGUCUGAAACACCUCUCUAACGCCCUUGCCACCCCUGACCAGCUCUCCAAUUCGUCUUCGUCGAUCGACGAAGUACCGUCAGACCUUGAAAGCUCCAUUCGGUGCGCCGGCGCGCAACUUACCCAAACAGCCGGUGUGUUGCUCCACCUAUCGCAGGAUAUAAUCGCCCAGGCGAUUGUCAUCUUCACGCGAUUCUGGCUUGGAGCAGAAGGAGGGAGCUUGCGAAUCUAUUCUGCCAAGGAUGUCUCCGCGGCCGCCCUCUACCUGACAGCCAAAAUCUCGUUCCAGCCUACCUCACCCCGCUCCAUCCUUAACGUCUAUAACCUCCUCCUCUCCCCAGACGCCUCACCCUUGUGGUUCGUGAACCCUCGCGGGCCACCGAAGCAGCCUCCCGCUGCAGACACCUAUAUUCUCUCCGAGGGAGGGUACCAGGCAGCCCGGCUGGUUCUUCUGCGCAUCGAAUCGGUCAUCCUUCGUACCCUCGGUUUUGAUACCCACGUUGCCCUCCCGCACACGAUUGCCCUCACCUACCUUCAGACACUAGGUGUGAGCAAACCAGCGGUGUCACGGCGAGUCCUUGAGCAUCUCAAUGCUGCACUACUCUCGCCUCAACUACUCUAUGUGACCCACCAGCCAAAUGCGCUCGCAGUGGCGGCCAUUUACCUUGCUACGCGUGAGGAGGGAGUCAAGCUGGUCGAUGGGGAAUGGUGGGAGGUCUUCGAUGUCGAUCGGGAGGAACUCGGGUUUCUGGUGGUGGGGAUGAGAAGCACUGAGGGAUUUAUGCGAAAGGAGACAGAACAGUGGAAAGAUAAGGCAAUUCCUAUGGUGACGGACGAAGUGGACGCGGAGAUUGAGCGGCGGCGAAUGAUGGAUGAAGGCGAAUGA